CACAUACCUACUCCGUACGAGUCUACGACAACCAAACAUCUUCCCUCUCCUCUGUCCAACCGCUGUGAACCCAUUUGCCCUUUGCUUUUGCUUUUGCUUUUGCUAUCUCUUUUGCCCUUGCUCUUGCCUUUCCCGACCUCUUCCUCCGCUGCCCUUCUUUCUUCUAUGCUGCUCUCCAUUGUUAUUGAUUCCCCGAAUCACCUCUUCGUUCUAUCCCUAUAAUCGACACUACCCUUGCCGCCGCCUCCCCCAAUACCCAGUGACUUUGAAGCCUGGAAUUCUUAUCACUCAUUGCACUGCGGGACCUGGAGGCUGUCAAACCCGACCCAAAGUCAGGCAGAAGGCUGAGAAACAAUGGCGAUGCGACCGUCCCUUAUGACCAGAGGCCUGUCAACGGCUUCUGCGCUCAGCGAUACUGGUUCUCCUGCUGAACAGCGUGACGAUGCGAAGAAGAAUAUGCUGAAGGCAAUGCGACCGUUACCAACCCAGCAUUACUGGAAUGUGUAUUUCGAUAGGCAGCAGAAGGAUCAGCAAAAGGCCUCGGGCGAAACGUAUAAGGCGACCCUCGAGCAGCUUGGCUCGCAGAUUGAGUCCGUCCAGGACUUCUGGCGCUACAACAACAAUACACCAGUAGAUCAAAUCAAGAUGCGUGAAUCAAUAUACUUGUUCAAACAAGGAUUUCAGCCAGUGUGGGAAGAUAGAAGGAACAUCAAUGGUGGCAGUUGGACCUUCAGAGUACCAAAACUCAAUGGGCCCAAUUUCUGGACGAGAGUUCAGUUGAUGGCUAUUGGAGAGAAACUGCAAAGUUGUCUCGAGCUUGGUGAUCAACUGUGCGGUGUCGGUCUCUCAGUCCGGUUCAACUCACACCUCAUAUCCAUUUGGCACAGGGAUGCCUCAAAGCAGAAGUCAAUCGAUGCUAUACUGGCAACGGUCUUGGAAGAGCUUCCCGAAGAACUGAAGCCAAAACCGGAUAACUACUUCUAUAAAAAGCACUCAGAUCAUGCAGGAUUCAAGGCAUCAACCAACAUGACUACCGCCUCUGCUCCAGCAGCGGAGGACCCCAGAACAUAA